AUGCAGCAGCAGUCAGAAGCGAGAUCGUUGCAACCCAAUCUCCUGAGCAAGUACACGAGCGUCUUCGUUGUACUCCCACUCUUGUCCAACGUGUUUCCCUACCUCAUCACAAUGGCGCAAGCAGCAACCGAACAAGAUGAAAGAAGAACGCUCAUCAUCCUGUUCCUGAUUUUGAAGAGGGUGUAUCUCUACUGCAUGGCCAUUAGCAUAGUCGAUCUUGCGGCUCUGCGAUCAGUUGAUCUUCCAUCAUCUUUGGGCAGCAGACUCAAGUUACUCAACGAUGAGAUCUUGCAAUCCGUUGGAACAGCAAACAUCUCCAAGACCUUCAAUGAUGGAGAGGUGGCCAAACAAGCUUAUGCAAAGCUUGAUAAUGUCAGUGGUGUCAGCAUAGCCUUCUUUCUCCCUGCAUUCCUAGCCUUCUCCUUGUUUUCGUCCUUCUUCUUGUUUGGUUCAACAUUAUCCAACAUGGAUACGAGCAGUUCGCUCCUCUCUAGCGAGGUGUUACAGAGCCUGAAAAGAUCACUGAAUGUUUUGCCUGUGCUGUCUGGAGCUGGUAAUUUUGCAGUUUGCACCCUUUUCUUUCAAGUGGAGGUACGGAACUUUCUGUCCUGGCUGGGAGUUCAGGCGAAAGACAAUGAGGAUGGCCAAAAGACUAGUGUAUCGAACCAGAUCCCUCUCCUCUUGAGCACUGCUGGGGUCCUGUUCGCAUUCCUGGCACCUUCCAGUGUCGCUUGGCCCAUGAGAAACGCCAUCAACAGCUGUAUUGCCAUCACGGCUGCGCGUUCAGUUCAGCUCGCGUCACUUCCCGUCACUGUCGCUGCUCUUGGAGGAUUGGUGGCGUAUGACCUUUUCGGGGUCUAUGGAUCUUCUUUCCUCGUUCCUCCUGCUUCAGCUGCUGAACCAGCAGCCUCUGUAAUGGAGUCUGUGGCUAGAGCCAAGCUCUCGGGAUCGUCAUGGCAGCCUGGGCUGCUUGAAGUUGUGAUUGAUGGAAAGCCAACGGACGCACUUGGACUUGCAGACGCUGUCUUCCCGGCAAUGUUGACCGGAUGGGCAGCAAGAUUUGACAAGGACAAAACAAAGGAAUCGGAAACAACUUCUCCGGGCGAGGGACAAGUAGAUGUACAAGAGAAGAGCAACUGGUACCUUCAAGCAUCUCUCGGGGGAUAUUCCGUGGGAUGUUUCUUAUGCGAAGCUUUCAACUCUGGAGCAGGACAACCGGCUCUACUUUUCUUGGUUCCUUCAACUUUCUUGAGCAUUCUGGUUGCUGCUACCUUGAAGUCUGAGCUCGGAAAGAUAUGGAAAUAG